UUGAAAUUUUCAACUUCAACAUCGGCAAGGAACUUUCAAACUUUUUUAUACGAUAGAAAAAAUACAAAAAAAUUUUCAGUAAUUUUUUUUAUCACAAUGUUAGUGUCAACUUAUCAGCACGAUUAUAUACGGCCCAAUAAUAAACGCUAUGAAUUCGAUAAAGAUGAAACGCUUAAUGAAAAUGCAAACAAGGAAUGCCAAUGUAUAGAAGAAAAAUCUGAUCUGAACAAGCAUCAAGAGGCAGUGGAGUGGACUGGUAUUGCACCAAUGGGUCGUCUUAUCGAUCCAAGAAUCAUACCCACGCGACUGGCUCCACAUCAAAUUGAAGCAAUGUCACCUAACGAUCAAGGCGAUUGUUUCAAACAACAGCCAAAUCGAUUUUUAAAGACAAUACGUAAUGCAUAUCCCGAUUUAUACGAACGCCUUAAAGCAAUGCCUAAGGAUGAGCUUAAUAGGCGUCUCCAAAAUGAUCGCAUGUUCACCACAUACCAAAUCGACUUCUGUAAUGUUAACGAAUAUCCCGAAGGCAUCUACGAAUCCCUCAAAGAUGAGCACGAAACAAACAAACAGAACGCCAACAAACUUUCAAAAAUACAGGGGCCUUGUGCAGAAUUUAGAGAUAAUGUCAUGCAAGAAAUGGAUAAAGAAACUGGAGAUGGAAGAGAUAUUAAAAGCGAUAAUCCUUGCGCCAAGACCUAUAGACCAUUCAACAUUGCUUUUGCCGAUUCAAAGCGUUUCAUUAAUUCUGGCAGUAAUUCUCACUGGCAAAGUAGUGGCGCAUUCACUAAAAAGGUAAACUUUAGCGAGUAUAUGGAUGCAAUCAGCAAAACAGGCCGUGUGAUCAUGAGAAAAAAACUUCACCAUAAGCGGCAGUAACAUCAUAACAAUGUUUUUUUUUUAAUUCCUGACCGAGUUAAAUUUGUAACCAAAUAAAAAUUUGUGUAUAAUAAAAUUUAGAGUAAAUCUUU